GGCGGGCAGCGGCGCGGCGCCUGACCGCAGAGCUCCGCUCCGCGCCCGAGGAUGCUGGGGGGCGAUGCCCGGCGACAGGGAGGACGAGAUCUGCCAGAAAGCGCUGCAGCUGCUGGCCGAGCUGUGCUCCGUCGGGGCGGUGGAGAACGAGAACUGCCGGGAUUUCAUCUACUACCUGCGGGACAGAGCCCGGCCCCGCCUCACCGACUCAGAUAUCUCAGUAAGCUUGCUCUCCUUAGUUGUCACAGCCUGUGGUCUUGCUCUCUUUGGUGUGUCCCUGUUCGUGUCCUGGAAGCUUUGUUGGAUCCCUUGGCGAGAGCGUGGCCUGCCAUUUGGGAACAAAGACAACAAACAGGAAUCCCUGAACUACACAGAUACAGAGACCAAUGACCAUGAAUACAGUGAAGAUUUUCUGGGUCAGCCGACAACCUAUCCAGAGUCCUCCAUGAAGAUCAGCCACACCUCCCCUGAUAUUCCGUUAGAUGCUCAAACUGGAACAAAGGAGAACUGCGUACACAAUGCGCGAAUGCAUCGUCAGAUCACUGAACCAACCUCUUCUGCUCGGCAUAAUUCAAUCCGGAGACAGCUCAACCUUUCCAACCCCGACUUCAACAUCCAGCAGGUUCAGAAACAGGAGCAACUGACAGGAAUUGGCCGCAUUAAGCCAGAGCUAUAUAAACAAAGAUCAGUGGACACAGAUGAUGGCCGGAGGAGUAAUAGCAAGGCAUGUGGAAAACUGAACUUUAUUCUGAAAUAUGACUGUGAUUUAGAGCAGCUGAUAGUGAAGAUACACAAGGCCAUCAACCUGCCAGCAAAGGACUUCUCUGGAACUUCGGAUCCAUAUGUGAAGAUAUAUCUGCUUCCUGACAGGAAAACAAAACACCAGACUAAAGUGCAUAGAAAAACCCUAAAUCCAGUAUUUGAUGAAGUUUUUUUAUUUACUGUCCCAUACAAUGAUCUGAAUGCACGGAAACUCCAUUUCUCUGUGUAUGACUUUGACAGAUUCUCCAGGCAUGACUUGAUUGGCCAAGUGAUAGUGGAUAAUUUUUUAGAUUUGGCAGAUUUUCCCAGGGAAUGUAAUAUUUGGAAGGAUAUUGAAUAUGUCACCAAUGAUAACGUUGAUCUUGGUGACCUGAUGUUUUCACUCUGCUACCUUCCAACAGCUGGUAGACUAACUAUUACAAUAAUAAAGGCAAGAAAUUUAAAGGCAAUGGAUAUCACAGGAGCAUCAGAUCCCUACGUGAAGGUUUCUUUAAUGUGUGAAGGAAGGCGACUAAAGAAAAGAAAAACUUCCACCAAGAGGAAUACCCUUAAUCCCGUUUACAAUGAAGCCAUAGUCUUUGACGUCCCUCCAGAAAACAUUGACCAAAUUAACUUGUCGAUAGCUGUUAUGGAUUAUGACCGUGUAGGUCACAAUGAGGUCAUUGGAGUAUGCCAAGUAGGCAACGAUGCAGAAAGUCUAGGUCGUGACCACUGGAAUGAAAUGCUCUCAUACCCACGGAAACCCAUUGCUCACUGGCAUCCUCUCGCAGAGGGCCCUAUUCAGCAGAAAUGUUAUGCAGGUCUUCUGCGCUUGGAUGACUGCCGAAGAGGCUUCCUCACCCUUUUAACCUAUUCAGCAGAAAUUUGGCAUUCCUGUUGAACUCUUUCUUAGCCAUAUCCUCAGGGGCUAUUCCACAGAGUCCAGUGGGGAAUCAAGUGGGGGAGGGUGUCCAGCGCAUCCCGGCUGUGCAGAGAAAUAUAUACACAGCAUAUCAUUUUGGUUCCUGAAUCAGGAUUAGACUCAGCGAGAGCUUCUGGAACCUCUGUGGCCACAGCCAUAGGACCCUGAAUAUUUGCUGAAUAGGACCCUCAAGUCUUCUACUGUGCGAAGAGCUAUUGGUUUCAAGUAGUCCAAUGUUAUCCACUUGUAGUAUUAGAUCUCCAGCCAACACUAUUGCUACCGAUAGAUUAUUUGUAUGGUCAUAAGCAUUACCCAAAUUCUAUCAUAAGUUCUGUUCAUUACAAUAACCCAGAUUUUACAGGUAACAUGAUAGCAAUGAAAAGCAACAGAUACUGGACUGGAACCAGCAACAAAAGUGGUUCUUGUAUUUAAAAAAAAAAAAAAAAAAAAAAGUGCUGUAGUGUAAAUGGAUAGCUUUGGAAGUCUUUUUUUUUUUUUUCCAGAACAAUUGUUAUCAGACAUUUAUUUUCCUGAUGAAAGGUUGUAUCCCCACUCUCAGUUGGUGCCUCCUUUCACCUUACAUGAAAAUAAGAUUAUUAGAGUCCUUUGCAGAAAUCCUUCAAAUCUAAAAAGCCGAAAUAAGUUCUGUUAGGUGAGAACAAGAUACAUCCAGCAUUUGUAAUGACAGUCUGUUCUUUUAGAAAGACAAUAACUAUCUGCAUAAUAUGGAAGUCGAUAGUCAUCAGCCUUUGUAGAUGAUUUUCCAGUCACUGUUUCUUCGUUGUGUCCAUGACACUGCAAAGGGUUGGAAGCAACUCGCAGGUGGAGAUGUUACAUCAUACACACAAGCACACAGACACAAAUGCACGCACACAUGCACACAAUGUCAUUUUAAAAUGUUGUUUCAAAUAUAUAUUGCCUGUGAAGACUUACUUUAUUACUUGUAGUAGAAAUAACAGGGCUAUCUUUUAUGACCGUACAUUGUAAACGCUGACAAAUUCUGACCAUUAAAAAAAAAAAUAAAAAAUUCAAAGUACUGAAUUCUUCCACAUGAUGGAAUCCAGGUCUGGAACAAGAAUCCCUCAGAUAACUUUUGGCAAUUAUUUACCCAUGCAUGGAGUUAACUCUUCCUUCAAACUUCUCUAGAGAUAAUUUCAUUCAAGUUUUCACACAGAGAUCUUUACCUUAAAAGUGCAAAGGCAAAGUAUGUCUAUUUUACACAAUCUAGUUGCCUGCUAAAUAACAACAGGUAGGGAGCCCUUGUCACUAUAUAUAAUUCAGGUAAGUUUAUGCACACACACUGCUUUGCACCUUGCAUGUGUUGAAUGCUCACCAAGCAUUUUGAGUUUGUAAAUUGAGCUGACACAAAUAUGCUUACAGGUUGAAAAAAUAUUUGAUUUUUUUUCUCCAAAAUCUGAAAAAAUAGUUUUAACCUGUUAAUCGAGGGUAUUCCAGAAAACAAGAAUUGAUAAUCGUUAAAAGCACAGUUUGCCAUUUGCAGAAAAUCUUGGAUCUGUUGUAAAGAUGUAGUGCAGCUAUAAAGCAGAAGUCCUAAAAGUACCAUUGCUUGUUUUUUUUUGUUGUUGUUGUUGUUUGGUUGUUUGUUUGUUUUUGUUUUUUUUUAAUUAAAACAAACAAACAAACAAACAAACUCAUGUCAUACUAUGAAGAACACUCCCGGAAAACUCAACAAUUCUUCAAAGCCUGCCCAAGGAACAUUUCAGAUUGGUAACUGGGCAUGUCCAGAAGAACAAAAAAAUACAGCUAUAAAAUAGCCCUAGCAAAACCAUUUCACUACACUCUCAGCUGAAGCCUUACGUCAGCAGACCAGUGAUAUAAAUACAAUGCUUAUAACUAUUCAUGCAUGAUCCUCACUUCAGGCAAAAUUCUGCACUCUCUGCUCAGGCACAUCUCCCAGGAGCCAAUGUGAGGAGACAUGCAUGAGCAAAGAGGAGGACCUUUUCCUUUGGAGUGGCGUUCUUUGAUUUCCUGGGCAAAUCAUUAUACAUGCAUCCCUACCUGAGAUGCAAAACAGGGAGCUGCAUGCUUUCCCACUGCAAUUGCUAUUACCAGGGCAAUGUAAAGAACAAUAGCUUCUGUAAAAAGAAAACACCUAUGCAGCUAGCUCGUUUUGUCUCCAUGUAACAGAGCAAAAGCCUUUCUAAGAUUUGUCUCUAGUGACUGAAAAGGGCAUCAAAACAAAACUAGUAUCAUUAUAAUGGCUAAUGUUUUAGAUUUUAUUACCAUACCAUACUCAGUUCAUUAAUGCUCAAGGGGCUGGCAUCAGGAGAAUGAUUUUGAAAACAGUUCUAUUACAAAGAAGAAAUCUCUAUGUUCAGGAAGCAUUUCAAGUGGAAUCCAGCACACCUCAAAGGCUUAGAGACGAGGAAGAAAAAAAAAAUAUUUUUUUAAAUCCUCCUAAAUCUUGUUCUCUGACUCAUGAUUUACAAACUGUUACUCAGGCUAUGGCAUUACUGUGUUCUUUAUAAAAAUAUCUGCCUCUUCAUAGAAGUGCAGAAGUGGAGCGAUAGUUGUUUUCUACACUUGGAUACUUUACUCUUCACUUUUAUACUCCAGGUAAUCAAUGCUAUUCCCUAGAACUCAAACAUUCCCAUGGUAUGGUUCUGGUGGGCUGGUACUAAAAUGUGAAGAGAGCAGCAGCAGCAUACAAUAAUGCAACAGUGCAUUGAAGUAACAGCGUUUACUGCUAGAAAGCCAGCUGGAAACCAAGAGAUAAUUGUGAUCCCAAUACUGUUCACACAUGCUUUUCUGAACUAUGAUUCCCAAAGGUGAAUUAGUAGAAGGGCUCAAACGAAUAAUUCCGAACCUCCAACCCUCAUUUGUUUUCUUAUUUUCCAUGAAUGAAUAAUUAUGCUGUAUCACAAGUACAGUAAGAGUAAAAUAGAAAGGGAAAUCCCUUAGAAAUGCAUCUCAGCAAGAUUUUAAUCCCUCUUCACUCAUUAAAAAUGUGCUAUUAAACUGUUAAUUUUAGUUUUCCAUAACAAGCCACAAUUUCAGGUAUUAUUAAAAAAAAUAGAAAGAAAAAAGUCAGUGAGAAAGCCUUCCAAGAUACUGACACUGAGGCAGAUUAUAAUGGGAAGUUGUGUUAAAUUCCCCUGCUAAAAUACUCACAAGCACAAUCCUUCUGCAGCUGAGUGCUGAAAUUUCUUUAUUUUCACUGAAGUCACAAGACAUCAAAAGCAUCUCUGUUUUUUUGCCUCAUUUUCCCCUGUAAAUAAUCCUGGCAGUGCACCAACAUGCAUACAUUGCAACCUGUGGCAGGGAGUGGCAGAACAGAAAGCAAGUACGGUAGAAAAAAAAAGAAAGAGGAAGACUGCUCAUUCGGUCUGAAGUGAGACAACAGGCCAGAAUGAAAAGUAAGGUUACUUCAGUCCACCCAUCUUGGUUUGAGGGCAUAGUUGGGAUGUAUUUUUGUUUUUUAAACAUCAACCAUUAUGCAUAGUUAUAUCAACACUGAGCACCUGAAGUCAGAAGUACAAAAGAUAUAUUUAGACUUUUAUAAUUUGGCAGUGUUAGAGAACUGAGGGGGCCUAUUUGCCAUUAAAAAUAAAAAAUAAAAUUUAAAUUUUAAAAAAUGCUACAAACUCUCUUUAUUCUCUUCUAGCUUAAAAGCAACAAACGAUAAAGGGGAAGGGAGAAAGAGGACUGGAAAUUCAAUUGAAGAGUCUGUUUGACCCAAUUAGAAAUCUACCAAAUUAAAUUACUCUUAAUGCAUUUUGAAUUCAUUUGAACAGAAAGAAGAAAAAAACAUACUAGGUAACUCAGCCUGAAUUGUCAUCAAAAAAAUGUUUUCUUCCCUUUAGAACAGUGUGUUGUCAAACAAUUACAUCUCAGUAUCAAGCAAGAAAACAAUGGCUUUCUUAUCUAAAAGGGAAAAAAGCAUGUAGAGAAAGCAAUCCACAACUUUGUAGAAUUUAAUAGAAACCCUCUGUGCUGGGGAAAAUCGGAGCAGGACAGACUCUGUAACAACUUCGAUUCUUGCUGUACUUACUGCAAGGCCUUGCUUGCAACCAUAGUUCUGUUUGGAAGUGACAGCCUUAUGAUACGUGAACCAAGCUGUGCAAGGUGUGAGGGCACUGCACAUUCAGGGCUGAGCUGCAUUUAGAGUUAAUAUCUGACACAGUGAGUUGGGCAAGGAACUACAGCUGGGAGUACUCCAGGGUCCUGCGGUUCUCUGAAAGGACUUCCACCUCCCUGAAGGCCUGUAAAAUGCACUAAUCCAGAGGGCAGAGAUGGACGCUAUUCAGGAAAGGUAUCGUCAGGACAAACUCAACUGCUGACUGAACACUGCACGCAUGGCACAGAAGGGAAGAUGACGUGAGAACUUGUAAGCAUCUGGGUUGCUUGAUUAUUUUGUGUGGGUUUUUUAGUUCGUCCUUCCUUUUCUCAGAUGUAGACACUGUAAAACUGAAAUGUUUUACUCCGUUGCAUGCUGGCCAACUGUCAUUUCUAAUACCCCUUGCAAAGAUGCACAAAGAGAGCUGUGUUGUUUUGGUAUACUUUCAUUUUUAAUAACACAUGAACAUUGUGCUAUUCUUUAUUAUUUCUUGUUCAGUAAAUAGUCCUGGUAUCUCUAUGUUUCAUGUCUAAUUUUACAGAGUAGAGCCAUACCUGUAACAAGGUUCUCUCAACUAGGUGGGCAUUUUGUUUUAGUAGAAAUAAUGCAUGAUUCCUUUCACAGUGAUGGUUUGAGGGAAAAAACAAUCUUAAUUUUAUAAUAUGUAUUACAAUCUUCUAAACACAAGUAAAAAUGUACUGUGAUUUAUUUAUAUAAAUCUAGUCGGAACAAGUAAUUUUGAUCUUAAUAAAAACUCUGUAAGAAAUUGUGCAAUUGUAAUUUACUACUA